AUGAUGUUCAUUUUCCGCUCGACGUUUAUCACCGCCGUAUCAGCGUUCAUGAUAACGCUCAGCUUGUUUUCAAUGUCUGCCUCUGCUGUACCACAAUUUGGUCGUCCUAUGUUUCAUGUAUUGGAUGCCAGCGCAACCUCUUCUGGGCCAGUUGAGGCGGUUCCCACGUCAGCAGCUACCAGUACAGGCACAGACCCGGAUCCUGGUAUCCAGGUCAACGAAACAGCCUCAUCAUCGUCCGCGUCAACUACAACUACAACUACGAUGAUGCCGGCUGCUAGCAGUACCAGUACGAGCGGCGCAUCGAGGAGUUUGUGUGGUGGUAUGAGCGUUAUACUAGGUGUCGUCGUGAGCGGGGUGUGGUUGGUGUUUUAA